CCAUCCUUGGCUUGCCACACAGGGAGCAACCAAACCAAACGAACCCAACCAACCAGCAAACUCCCCUUCUCUUCUCUUCUUCUUCCUCCUAGUACACCUUUUGUCUCUCCGUCCACAGUCCACACACAGCACUCUCCACCAAAAGAUCAAGCAAGAGCCAAGAGCACGUGCGAUGGCGGCGACGGCGACUGCGACGGCGGCGGCGACGAGCGUGGUGACGGGGACGACGCGGUGGUGCCCGACGCCGGAGCAGCUGAUGAUCCUGGAGGAGAUGUACCGCGGCGGGCUGCGCACCCCCAACGCGUCGCAGAUCCAGCAGAUCACGGCGCACCUGGCCCACUACGGCCGCAUCGAGGGCAAGAACGUCUUCUACUGGUUCCAGAACCACAAGGCCCGGGACCGCCAGAAGCUCCGCCGCAGGCUCUGCAUGAGCCACCACCUCCUCUCCUGCGCGCACUACUACGCCGCCGCCAACGCCGGCCAGUACCAGCAGCAGCAGCAGCUCCUCGGCGCCGGCGCGGUGCCUCCUCCGCUGCUGCAGCACCCGCAGCAGCAGCAGUACUACUCCGCCUCCUGCGCCGGUGGCGGCUACGACCAGCACCUGCUCCCGACGACCGUCCCAGCUUCCGCUUACGCUGCUGCUGCUGGGUACGCCUACCCCUUCGCCGGCGUGCCGGCAAGCCGGUGCGCCGAGCCCUCGCCGCCAAACACCCCGCUCUCCUUCCAUCAUCAGGGAGGAGGCGUAGUGGGAUCGCCGGAGUACUCGCUGGGGAGGCUGGGCAACUUCGGCGUGGUGGAGGACACAUGCCGGCCGUCGCGGUACGAGCAGCAGCCGCAGCAGCUGGCCGCGGCGACGGAAGAUCAGGCGGCGCCGGUGACGGCGACGGGGCUGUUCUGCCGGCCGCUGAAGACGCUGGACCUCUUCCCCGGCGCGAUCAAGGAGGAGCAGCGCGACGUCGCCUAGCUAUAUACUACCUCCAACCUAUAGCUAGCCACCAGUAGCAGCAGCAGCAGCAGUCGUCGUCGUAGUACGUAGAGCAGUCCGUACGUUGCGCGCGUUGUGCGUACGCAGGUAGAGCAGUACGUAGGAGUACGUAUCUUUGUAAUUCCCAUCGAUUUUUCGUUGAUUAUUAAUCCGCUUUAGUAGUACCUGAUGAUCUUCAGCUUGAUGCGGAGUGUAGGUAGGUUGGCGGCAGGAAGAGAAGCGAAUGCAUGGAUGGGUGCAUUGAUUGGUUAGUGCAUGGAUGGGUGCAUGGAA